UUUUCUUGCAGGUGGAUCCGUCAUCUUCAUGUUUUCUGGCAGCCUGUUUGUUCAGUAUCACAUUUGUCGCUGUGACGACUAAAACUCACGCAAACGCUUGGUAGACAACUAGACGCGUCUCUUCAUUAUUUUUCAGUUCUUCAGAAGACACCUGAUUUACAAGCCUGGCCAUGGAUGACCUACCUGCUCUCCCAGAAGAAACCCAACUAAUGAAUGAAAUUAAACAUGCAAUGAAGGAAAGUUCUGCUGCAGGGGCAAAAAAGAUCCAAGAGUAUCUUGAAAAACUGAAUAAUACUCCACUAAAUAUUGGUGUCACAGGAGAGUCAGGUGCUGGUAAAUCCACCUUCAUUAAUGCCUUCAGAGGUAUAAAAACCAGCGAUGAGAGAGCUGCUCCUGUUGGUUGUACCAAAACCACCAUGGAGGUUAAACAAUACGCUCAUCCAACUCACCCAAGCAUCAUACUGUGGGACAUGCCUGGUAUAGGCACCAUGAAGUUCCCAGCCAGCAAGUACUUGAAGCAAGUCGGUUUUGAAAGGUUUGAUUUUUUCAUCAUCAUCUCAGCUGGCCGAUUCAGAGAAAAUGACGUGAAGAUCGCUUUGGAGAUUCAGAAAAUGGAGAAAAAGUUCUACUUUGUUCGCUCAAAGAUUGACCACAGCUUAUGUGAUGCAGAAGAAGAUGAGUCAGACUUCACUGAAGAAAGGACUCUGAGGACAAUCAAAGAAGACUGUCUCCAAAAUCUGCAGAAACUUGGUUUCCAGUCUCCACAGGUCUUCUUGAUCUCCAGCCGUAAACUCCACCUCUAUGAUUUUCCUCACUUACAUGACACUUUGGAGAGAACACUUUCUGCACACAAGCGUCAUGUUCUGCUGCUGGGCAUGCCCAUCAUCAACUCUGACAUCAUCGAAAAGAAAAAAGAGGCCUUUCAGUACCAGAUUAAAUACAUGGCUACUUUAUCUGGAGCUGUAGCAUUAGUACCAGUUCCAGGUCUUUCUGCAGGUGUUGAUUUAGGCUUAAUCACUUCUUAUGUCAGAAAGUAUCAAGUUGGCUUUGGUCUUGACAAGACAUCAUUGAAGAAUCUGUCUCAAACCACACAUGUACCUUUGAGGGAACUUGAACAAGUGAUGACGUCACCACUGGCUGGAAAGAAUAUUUCAGCAAGUGUUUUAAAAGAUAUACUCAUCAACUCUGCCACCCAUGUUGUAUUAAUAACAAUUGAGGAAGGGCUCAGAUUUCUUCCAGUCUUCAGUUUUGUCAGUGGAGUGGUCUCUUUUGUGUCAACCUACCAAUCUCUGAGGUUUUUCCUCAACAUGCUCGCUGAAGAUGCAAAGAAUGUAUUCAAAAAAGCUCUCGGCCUGAAUACAUCAGUGUGAUGUUUUAACUCGCAUCAUCACAGCCGGGCAACUCCGCCCCCAUGAUCAGAGUGCAUAGGGAGGUUAGACAUGCACAUAUUAUAGUCCAUAAAUAUUUGGACACCAUCAAAUGGUGUGGGGGUUUGCUGUAGGUCAGAAGGUGAUCUUUGUUUUAAUCUGGCGGUAACAUGUGGCUUCUUCUCAAAAAGUACUUUGAGAUGUUGACAAACUCUGAUCUGGCCUUUAAAAAAGUAAAUUAAUUGAUUAAUUGUAGAUAAUGUUUUGUGAGAAUAAGAUGUUGUUGGUGAUUAUUGAUCUUUUUUAUGUACAGAUGCUGCUGGACUAUUUUUUUUUAAAGCUUGAUGUACUUUCCUGAUUUAUUUGAACACAACUGAGCAAGUCUGAACCUUAUGAUGAGAACACACUGCUUUAGAAUAACUAGAAUAAAAUAUUUUAAAUCAGCAUGCUUUAAUUUUAACUUUUAAGACUUUUGUGAUUGAAUAGUAAUUGUAUUGUCAUAGUGAUAAAUGUU